GUUGGCAGCCAAGGGGAGAAGCCUUAGGAAGAUUGACCAGUUUUGGAAUUCUAAAAACAUGGUCCACGGAUCAGUGACGUUCAGGGAUGUGGCCAUCGACUUCUCUCAGGAGGAGUGGGAGUGCCUGGAUCCAGCUCAGAGGAACUUGUACAGGGAUGUGAUGACGGAGAACUACAGUAACUUGGUCUCACUGGAAAAUUUCAUUUCUAAGCCAGAUGUGAUUACCGUACUAGAGCAAGAGCCAGAGCCCUGGAUGGUUGUGAAGAAAGAAACAAGCAGACGGUACCCAGAUUGGGAGUCAUAUUAUGGAACUGAGGAAAUAUCUCCAGAAAAUGAUAUUUCAGAAAUAAAUUUAUCCAAACAGGGUAUAAAGCAAAUAAGUAAAACUCUUGGCCUUGAGGCCUCCCAUUUUAUAAUUGACUCAAAAUAUAGAAGCAGAUCUGAGGGACUACAGGGACAUCAAGAAGGAUAUACUAAUCCAAGGAUAAGCUUGGAUCCAAGGAUCAGCUAUGAAAAAAUGCUUACUUAUACUCCUCAUACUUCUGUUACUCAUUAUACAGAUAAACCAUAUGAAUGUAAGGAAUGUGGGAAAUACUUUAGUCAUGGUUCCAAUCUUAUUCAGCAUCAGAGUAUUCAUACUGGAGAGAAACCCUAUGAAUGUAAGGACUGUGGGAAAGCCUUUAGACUUCACAUACCACUUACUCAACAUCAGAAAUUCCACACUGGUGAGAAACAUUUUGAAUGUAAGGAAUGUGGAAAGGCCUUUAGUCUUCCUGUGCAGCUUAAUCGCCAUAAGAACAUUCAUACUGGUGGGAAACCGUUUGAAUGUAAGGAGUGUGGGAAGUCCUUUAAUCGUAGCUCAAACCUUAUUCAACAUCAGAGUAUUCAUGCUGGUGUGAAGCCAUAUGAAUGUAAGGAGUGUGGGAAAGGCUUUAAUCGUGGUUCAAACCUUAUUCAGCAUCAGAAAAUUCAUUCCAAUGAGAAACCCUUUGUAUGUAAGGAAUGUGGGAUGGCCUUUCGAUAUCAUUACCAACUUAUUGAACAUUGCCAAACUCAUACUGGUGAGAAACCUUUUGAAUGUAAAGAAUGCGGAAAGGACUUUACUCUUCUUACAAAGCUUGUUCGGCAUCAGAAGAUUCAUACUGGUGAGAAACCCUUUGAAUGUAAGGAAUGUGGAAAGGCCUUUAGUCUUCUCAGCCAGCUUAAUCGCCAUAAGAGCGUUCAUACUGGUGAGAAACCAUUUGAAUGUAAGGAGUGUGGGAGGUCCUUUAAUCGUAGCUCAAACCUUAUUCAGCAUCAGAGUAUUCAUGCUGGUGUGAAGCCAUAUGAAUGUAAGGAGUGUGGGAAAGGCUUUAAUCGUGGUGCAAACCUUAUUCAGCAUCAGAAAAUUCAUUCCAAUGAGAAACCAUUUGUGUGUAAGGAAUGCAAGAUGGCCUUUCGAUAUCAUUACCAACUUAUUGAACAUUGCCAAACUCAUACUGGUGAGAAACCAUUUGAAUGUAAAGAAUGUGGAAAGGACUUCAGUCUUCUGACACAGCUUGUUCGACAUCAAAACAUUCAUACAGGUGAGAAACGAUUUGAAUGUAAGGAAUGUGGGAAGGCCUUCAAUCGUAACUCAAACCUUAUUCAACAUCAGAGUAUUCAUACUGGUGAGAAACCCUGUGAAUGUCAGGAAUGUGGGAAGUUGUUUAGACUUCAUCUACAACUUUCUCAACAUCAAAAAACCCAUACUGAUGAGAAACCUUUUGAAUGUAAGGAAUGUGGGAAAUCCUUUUGUCGUUGUUCAAAUCUUAAUCAACAUCGAAAUAUUCAUACUGGAAAGAAACCUUUUGAAUGUAAGGACUGUGGGAAAGCCUUUCGACUUCAUAUGCAACUUAUUUGGCAUCAGAAAUUUCAUGUUAGUGAGAAACCUUUUGAAUGUAUGGAAUGUGGAAAGGCCUUUAGUCUUCUUGUGCAGCUUAAUCGCCAUAAGAACAUUCAUACUGGUGAGAAACCAUUUGAAUGUAAGGAAUGUGGGAAGUCCUUUAAUCGUAGCUCAAACCUUAUUCAGCAUCAGAGUAUUCAUGCCGGUGUGAAGCCAUAUGAAUGUAAGGAGUGUGGGAAAGGCUUUAAUCGUGGUUCAAACCUUAUUCAGCAUCAGAAAAUUCAUUCUAAUGAGAAACCCUUUGUGUGUAAGGAAUGUAAGAAGGCCUUUAGAUACCAUUACCAACUUACUGAACAUUGCCAAAUUCACACUGGUGAGAAACCCUUUGAAUGUAAGGAACAUGGAAAGGCCUUCAAUUGUGGCUCAAACUUUGUUCAGCAUCAGAGUAUACAUACUGGUGAGAAACCCUGUGAAUGUAAGGAAUGUGAGAAGGCUUUUAGACUUCAUCUGCAACUUUCUCAACAUCAAAAACUCAUCCAGGCGAGAAAACCUUUGAAUGUGAGCAAUGUGGGAUAUCCUUCAGACAUCCGUACCAACUUAUUGAAAAUCAGCAAAUUCAUAUUGGGGUGAAACUGUAUGAAUGUAAGGAAUGUGGAAAGGGCUUUAGUUGUGGUACUGACCUUAGAGUACAUCAGAGAAUCCACACUGGCGAGAAACCCUUUGGAUGUAAGGAAUGUGAGAAGGCCUUUCUACAUGAUUACCAAUUUCUUGGACAUUAA